AACCCAGAGUGUGCCAUUAGUCAAAACAAAACAUAUUUCAUUUUUUUGUGUGCCCUUGGCCAUUUUGUCGAAAUAGCUUUUAGAAAAGAAAAACAUGUAAAAUAUUGAAAUGUCUGUAUUAAUUAAGUCAACAAAUGAACAACUUGACUGUAUAAUACAUGUCUUACAUGGGCUGCUGGACAGUGAUUUAUAAUGCUGGGGUAUAUACCUGUGGGUAGGUUGACAGUUCCGAUCCGUUGAUUGACAGGUGAUGAUUUAUGUAGGGUGGGGCUUUAUGGGUCGAGAGCUGGUAGCCAUGUAACAUGAUUGAUGGGUAGAUGUACCCUAUUAAUAAACACCCUGAUAAAGACAUCCAAGUAAUCACAUAGUUAUUUCUGACUGGUCAGUACUGUACCCUAACCCCUAGCCAAGUAUGUUGAGUAUUUGUGGACAGUUGUACUGCUAGUCAUACCCAGUAUCCAACUGAUCUAGGGGUGUCUUCACCUAUUUGUGAGUUCACCUGGAAGGAAAAUCUUUAUCAAGAGAUUCAGAAGUGAUUAUAUUAUUGUUUUCGAUUGAGAGAACUAUUUGGAUUCAUCUACUGGAAAGCUGGAAAAUGUUUGACAACAAAGCUAAACACCUGCUUUUAAGAGAAACUCAAUCACCUGAUCACAGGAAUUUCUAUUCUCAAGAACAAAACAAUAAUUUGUUUAAGCUGCCAAAAAAAGAAAUUCUUGACAAGUUGCCCCCAGACGAGCCACGCCCACCAUGGAAGGGUGUGUUGGUCGAGUGCGCCAAACUCUGGAGCUAUCUCUCUGGGAUCUCCACCUUCGAGCGGGCCAAUAUGCUCCGGAAAGGUCGCGAGGUGCACAAGAUAUACGUGGAAGUAAUGAAAGGAAAAACCUUCCUUGACGAUCAGUUUAAUCUCACAGAAUUUGGACGCAUGGUGCUUCAGAACGGGACGAUACGAGCUGGACGUGCCAAGAAUGCCAAACAAAUUGUGGUGGCACGAGAAACCUUGUACUGUAGUGGUUCCGGGGCGUGUAAACGAGGAUGUGGAGGAUACGGCGAGUGUAUACAAGGGUGUGAAAAAACAAAGAUGAGAGGUCACAAGUGCAGUUACCGUGUCAAACUGACCAUGAGACUAGGGUAUGUCAACUUCUGGUUUGUUGAAGUGCUCGGCGAUCAUGAACAAUUUGCUAGUCUCGACUCAGUGGGCGUCAAAAGUUCACCUUCACCGAAGAUGUCCAACAGCAGUAGCCCUGCCGGGUCACCUAGCCAUGUUCCAAUAAUUCAGUCGCCAAAUUCAGAUCUUCCAAACUCAGCGGCCAUCACUACAGCUUCACCGUUGCCGCAAAACCUGCCAAAUAUUCUCACCAAUGCUUUGUCAAAUAGUCUGACAAGUAGCUUGCCAAAUAGUCUUACCACUGCAUUGUCUAACAACUUGCCAAAUAUCAUCGCUAGUCAACCAAUGAGUCUGCCUAUUAACUUGCCAAAUAAUAUUGUAUCCUCCAUUGUGAGUCAUCCAGGGCUAUUUGCGAGUCACGCUGCAGCCGUCCGGUUGUAUAAUGGUGCUGGUCCGUGCGAGGUUGUUUACCCUUCAAUGGAGGGAAUCGCACAAAAUUAUUGUCAGGACAUGCCAAUAUCUCUAGUCAAAGUAAAAAAGGAACCAGAAGAACCACAGGAGUCGGGUGCCGAGCCUCACGUUUCACAAACUUUCCCAGAAAGAACGACAGAGGAGGGAGAUUUAAAAAAUGACUCUUCAAUGAUGACUGUUACUCACAGUGAGGUAUUUCCAAAGAUUUCCUCAGGAGGUCGGGCUAAAGCUAGAAAGAGAUUUCAUCCUGCACAGGUGAUGGGACAAAGGGAAGCUCAUCGCCAGAUGUUCACUCCGACCAAAACAAUGUACACACCAGAAACAGCCACCAGUAUUCCACAAUUAAAUAUGGAGUCGCACGUGCGUAAAGAGUUACGAGAACUUGUUGCUCGUCGCGAACAGGACAGAAACUCUUCCUCUUCAAAUUUUACAUCCAUGAACGGACAGCAGGAGGUGCGGCCUGUAGAUUAUUGGCCGGAGGCAACGUCUUACCCCAACGAUGAACCCAGCGACAGUUCCAUGUACACUUACGUCUGGGAUGGUGACAUGAAUGAACCGCAAGUUGUCGAGGAAGAUGUUACCAUGGAAACAACCAAUGAAGAGAAGGUAGCAAGAAAGGUUGCAAAGCAUGUGCAUGGUCGCUGGAAAAUGGGCAAGGAUCUGAUCACGAGGGUGAGACAACUUGAGACCCAUGUCAACCAACUUCGUAAUGUCGUCCUCAAGUCUCAGGGGGAGACAAAUACCAAACAGAGCCGGAAGAAGGGCCAGCGUGAAUUUGACUUCAAAAAGUACAAUACACGUCAUGUGGCUCUCAAGGUCCUGUACCUCGGCUGGGACUACCAUGGGUUCGCCGCACAGGAGGACACGGAGAAGACUAUAGAGACCGCUCUAUUUGAGGCGCUUCUCAAAACGAGGCUCAUCGAAGACAGAGAAACUUCAAGCUACCACAGGUGUGGGAGGACAGACAAAGGAGUCAGCGCCUUCGGACAGGUGAUUUCCAUUGACUUGCGGACCAAUUUGUUGGAGGGACCAGGUGUGAAAGUGAGGGAGGAUGGAACAGCGUAUGAAAGGCCCGGUGAAAAAACUACAGAGGUACGAUACGUCCACAUCCUUAACAAGGUGUUACCACCAGAAAUCAGGAUUCUGGCCUGGGCUCCUGUUAAUGUCAACUUCAGUGCCAGAUUUGACUGUAAGAAAAGGACAUACAAGUAUUUUUUCCCGAAGGGCAACCUCGACAUCCAGGCAAUGUCUGAAGCUGCAGAAAAAAUUACUGGUGAACACGACUUCCGCAAUUUGUGUAAAAUGGAUGUAGGCAAUGGGGUGGUUAACUUCCGACGAAAAAUUGUCUCGGCUGACAUCAAGGACUUGGAUGAAAGGGAGAAUGGCUACCAGAUGUGUGAGCUUACUAUCGUGGGCCUAGCAUUCCUGUGGCACCAGAUCCGUUGUAUCGUUGCUGUGCUGUACCUGAUCGGUCAAGGAAAGGAAAAGUCAGAGAUCAUUGACGAGCUGCUGGAUGUUGAAAAGACACCAAGAAAACCACAGUAUACCAUGGCCUCAGAGCUACCACUAGUGCUGUUUGAUUGCGAGUUCGCUGAUGAUGUAGAAUGGAUUUAUGAAGCAGAUUGGCACGAGGAAAACAUACGUCACCUUCAGCAGAUAUGGGCUCACCACACUGUCAGGUCAACAAUGAUUCGUCGAAUGUUAGAAGAAAUGGACAGUGCUAAAGUUGAAACUGAUUGUGACAUUGCCCCCUGGAAGGACCUCAGCUCCCCUAUUUAUAACCAGACAGAGUGGAUCAUACCGGGAAACAAGAGCAAGGUCCACAAACGCCUGCUUGAGCGACAAACAUGUGACAGCCUAGAACAGCGGAUAGAAAACUAUGCAAAGAGGAGAAAACUAAACACGCCGCCAUCUACAGACAUGACCUCAGGUUCAAACCCAGUUUCAGCCCCAGGGUCUGGGUCUGUCUCCCCCACCCCUGAGGCACAAACCAGCUAGGGUUGGAGGUUUGGUGUCGCACCCCGACAGACUUGCCUAAACCAGGACUGAAGGAUGUGUUCAAAUAAGGAGUCACAAAGUUACACUGGAAGAGGACAGACUAUCAACCAGAAAUAUUGAAUUGGUUGUUGAACACUAAAAUUUAAAGAUUACAAUUCAGUCAACUUCCUUCAGGACUUGGAUCACAGGGAUUCGUUUCUGGUUGGCCCUGUUCAAUCCUGUUGCUUCUUCUUUGUUAUGAUCUAGAGAACCGAUGAUCAUAAGCCGAGUAGGUAACACACACAAGGCUUUUAGAGAGUAACUCACCUGUCUGUCUAGAACAGGUAAUUUUCCCAUCGGUUUUGACCAUACAUAGUGCACUUCAUAUAAAUAUUUUGGAGUUCUGUUCAUGACGACAACAUCCAAUAGGAUAUUUGGUAAAAUUUCAUAACUCAUCCUACAUGUACUCAAGUUAUCUACAUGGACAUUGAACUCAGUUCAUAACUGUUAGUUUUUUUCAAAUUCAAUGUUUCAUUAUCCGAGUUUUCACAAGAUUCAGCAGUUUUAUACCAAGUUCAGCUGUGAACAUUUUUGAGUCCUUCAAGAUUUAAUUGUGGAUUGUGUACACAAUUCUAGCUUUAACGAUUCUGAUGUUUGUAUUUUAAAUAUUUCAGUGUUGGUAUAACAGUGAGACUUAACUCAAUAAUUCUUAACAAAAUUGAAUAAUGUUUGAAAUUUCAUAUUUUUGUCAACAAGAGAUAUCUGGUUUCCCCAGAAUUAGCAAUUUGACCAUUGCAGCAAUAUUCAUAAAUUAAUAACUUAGCCCAACCGGUUCAACCUUUUGUAUCGUGAUAAAGAAAACAGCCCAGGUCUUUUGUUAAACUGGUAUGUUUUAAUGACUGUUUUUUAGAUUUUGUUUUUAUUCAUAGCUUUAAAGAUUAUUCAGUCUUGAAAUGUUGAUAGCUGUCAACAUGAUUUUUUAGUGCUUGUAAAUGUUGAUUUUGCCUCCCCGAGUGCCAAGAUUAAGGGCAAAAUAUUGUUAUAUGAUCUGACAUUUUAUUCUAGUAUGGGUGAAAUAUUUCAAAGUAAAGAUUAGUUUUGUAACUAUUGGAUGUACUGAAGAUGAUGCGAUAUUGCGUUAUUGCUAGUUUUAUACAGUUUUUUUAACAGUUCUGAGCCAACUUUUGUUAAGAUAAAUAUUCUUUCAUUAACCCUUUCACCACUGUAGACCAUAAUGGACUCAUCCAAAUAAAUGUAUGGUAGAGUCUACUAAAGUUACCUAGGGGUGAAAGGGUUAAAAUGAGAUUGAUGAUUUGAAAUUGAAAAAUCUCAAAUGACAUACCAUUUUGAGUAGUUAUUUCAAUUUAUAGAGAACUAUUAGUGUUUCUAAAACUAAACCAAAGGAACUUCAUUCAUCGUAAUUCCUUGAUGCACAGUAUACUCUGUACCAACAAAGUACUAUAAAAGUUUUACUUCAACAGUUUCGUUGUUCAUUCUGUCAGUUAAUACAUAUCCCAAAAACGAGUACAAGAAACUAAAACAAGAGAUAAUGAAUAUAUUCAUAUCUUCAUAAUAUCUGUCCACCCACCGUCAAUAAUUCUCACCAUUCCUCUACACUCUGUCAAACUAACCAAACUAUACCUCUUUUACUAGGACCACAAAGCCAAAGCCAUAAUACUCUGGAAACUUUCCCUGUUCAAAGUAUUGUUAACUUAACUUUAAUUUUGAAUAUGUGUAUUUAAUAUUUUUUUAAUUAUUGAAAUUUAUAAUGAAAUUUACUUGUGAGGUUUGGUAUAGUUGCUCAAAGAAAAUUAAUCAGAAACUGUUAUCAGUUCAAUUAAGUUGCAUCAGAAGGUUUUGAAAGAUUUAUAUGAAUUUAUUUAUCUUACAACAAUUAAUUUAUUAGGAAUUGUAAUGGAGGCAGCUUUCAGCAUCUGUAUUCAUAUAAAAAAUACAAUUACACAAUAUUACAUAUACUACUUCAGGAAAAAUACAAUUCAGUUGAAAUAAUGUUCAUAAAUAUUAUAAUAACAAUUAUUCUUCCAGUGUUUGUCUAUAAGAAUUUCAAAUUGUAUAACUGUGGAUGCAUCAAUGACAUGUUGAGGCAAUGAAACAAGUUUUCUUUGACUUGAAUUAAUCACUCUUGUUGGUUCAGAUGUUAGUGUGCACGGUGAUUUGAUUGUGGGAGGAAGCUGGAGUACCUGAAGAGAACCUGCGUGGUCGGGCAGGUGUACCCAUACCUUUUCACCUGACCACACAAGUUUGAGUUGGGAACUCCUUCAGGUUACAAUACUUUGAACACUGGGAUCAGAAUAAAACUGUGUUAAAGGAUUGUUUUAUGUAUAUAGUCUUACUACAUCAUUGUGUGCCCAGUGAAGGAACUGUGAACACCUAACGUUGUACUUAGAUGUGCCUAUGAUUCCUUAGGUCCUCUCUUGUUUUAUAUGUACCAGUAAUUUACUGUGUGAUUCAUUAUAAAUGUCCUAACUCGACACACACAUUUAACCCUCUCAUCCCUAUGCAACUUGAGUAGACUCUACCAUCCAUUAAUCUGGAUGUGCCCAUUUUGGUUUACAGGGGUGAAAGAGUUAAUACAAGGAUUUAAAAGGUAAUUCUUCAGAUUAACUUUAUUUUCAAUAUGUAUGUAGACCACCACAGCUAGCUGUCAAUAAGAGCAUUUUGUAAGGACCAACACAAUCUCUUUCCUCUGUUCUCUCAGCUUAUAGUAAGAUAUACAAUAUUUAGAAUAAAAAAAUCUUUUUAAACGAAAACUGAUUUCUGAUCCAUUUGAAAUUUUGCCAAUGAAUCUUAGAUAUGGAUUCAUUACUUGGUACAAGUAUUUAGGUGAGAAUUAGUUAGAUUUUGUAUACUUAAAUAUCUCUUGUACAUAGAUACUUUAACUCUCUAAGGUAAGAAAGCAUUGAAGGCAUAAUUAUUGAAUUUAUACAAUGUAGACCUUUUAUAAAUCAUGGAAAACAACGGUGCUUAUUUAUUUUAGUUAGAAGACGGAAAACUCGUUGGUGUUAGUGGCAUACCAGAAUCAAUAAGUUUCCACUUUUGGUUUGAAAGUGUGAAGAACCGCAGUCUUUAGAAUACAUUUCAUUGUCGUUAUAUUUACAGUACAGGGUAACAUGUGAUUUCUGUUAAAGCUUAAAAUUCUCGUCGAAGGUAUACAUACUCACAGAUAUUUACAGGUGUUAGACAAAGAGGUUUGGUUAUUGUUAGAUAUUUAUUUAUGUUUUUGUAGAUUUUUUCUGAUUAGAAUACAGUAGUCAUUUUGUGUAGACUCUAGUCGGUUUAUUUGGAUCUGGAUUUUUUGAUGUGUAGCUCUCGUGGCAUUUCAGUUUGUAGAAACCUGUAUAGACUCAUUGUACAAUUAAUACACUGAAGAAGGAGGCAUGGGUUUUAAUGACAAACUGACAUAUGAGCAGCUUAUUUAACAUGUAAUAACAAUGUGAAAAAGUUCAAAUUAAAUAGAUUUUAAGCCAUAAUUGCGAGGCAUAAUGGCGCUUAAGAUAUGUAUUUGACCUAAUCAAAAGUAAGAGGAGUUUGUUAUGUUGUCUGUGUUGCAAAUUGGUGCUGAAUGUUUAAAAUUAAGAAAAGAUCAUGCGUUAUUGUAAAAGUAUUUGUUAUUGAUAGAAAUAUUAUUGAAGGGGAACGUAGACCAUUUAUAAUAAAUAGGUGCUUAGUUUUAGUUACCGUUUAACCAGGUAUACAUUUCAUUUAGUUCUACUGUCAAAACAAUUCAAGAAUUUAAUAUAAUUAUUAAACGUGAUCGUAAAAACACUUUUGAGCCUGUUAUGUAAACAUCAUCAGGACCAUCAAUACAUAAACUGGGCGUUCAAUAGCAGCGAAAUGUACUGAGACCAGAAAAAGGAUUCGAGGAAAAUUAGGGAAUUCAAGAUGUUCGCAUAUUAUUCAAAGUUUGACUGAUUUGUUACAAGUUAAAAAAGUCACGGAUUUGGUUAAUGAUUUCAUUCCCCAGUUAAUUUAAAUUUUAUGAUAAUUGGGUAUUAAUGUUUUAAAAAUUAUUUUCAGAACUGUUUAUUUUUUGCAUUAUUAGUUGGUUCACUGUUGAAAUACCUCAAACAGUUAGAGCUUCCAAAAUUGAGAGUUUUUAGCCCACUUUGUCUGUACUGGUCAGUGGGCUGCUCCUAUGUAAGGUCAGUCUGAAACUUCAGGCUGACAGUUGUUGGUCAGACCGUUUUGACGGAGAAUGGUUUUGUUAGCGAUGGUUGAGAAUUUGGCUGCCAAAGCCACUAGUCAGUGUAUCAUAUUUGAUUCAUUUUGCUUGUUAAUUUUCUUCUUCGUUUUGUUGUAUUUACUGACUGAUUGCUAGAAAUAAAUAGAUGUUACUACACUACGACACUAAUUUCUGAUUUUAAUUUUUUCCCCAGAGUAAUAAAUAAAGAAAUAAGUGAAAUAUAGAAGUCAUUAGACCCAGAAAAGUACAUUUUAAUGUUGUAUAAACAUUUCAAUUUUGUUUGUCAAAAUGAUUGUGUUCAGACCAGGAUUUAUUUUUCAAGUAUUUCCUUACUAUUCCUUUAAUGUCUCCUAAGUUAUGUUAGAAUAAUGUUAUCCUAUUUUCUGAAUGGUCCAAUCGUCCGUCAGUACCACAUACCCGGUAUAUCCCUCGUUUGUGGCACUGGAAUGUAUAACAGUCAAAAACUUUUCUACAUUGUUUAGCUUUUCAUUUUUUUUUAAAGUAAAGUUUGAGUAGAUUUAUUUCAAAAUUUCUUGCAAUAUUAACUCAUUCACCCCUG